CACACACUCUCACUCAGUAGUACAGAGCCCCCCUAACGGAAACACACAGUAGCUUCUCCCGUACGAACAAACGUGAAAUCAGUUCUCACUUUAGACCCUUUGAAUUUCUCAGAUCUUCGAUCGGAAUCUGGAAUCAAAACAAAAUGGUGAUAGAUAUCGAAGAUGAGAUCAGAGCCGAGAAGAAUCAUCCCCCAAUCGAUGAAGAUGCUAUCGCUCUCCUCAGCAGUCCUUAUUCUCUAGGUGAAACUGAAGAAAUUGGCUCUGUGAACGAAAAGCUCAUUGAAAUUUGUAACGCUCACUGUGAUGGUGGUGAUAAUGACUUCAAUUCUGCUAAAAACUUUUUCUAUUAUGAUCGCAACUUUGGGAACGAUGAGAUUUGCAGAAGCUUUGAGCUGUCGAACGAACUCGCAUGUAUCGUAUGCGAUCUUUUAGACGGUUCUGUAGUGCCUUGUUCUGGGAAUGACUGCCCUUUCGCUAUUCACAGGAAAUGUGCUGAGCUUGAUUGUGAAGAUCCUGCAUCCGCAUACUGUCCCUAUUGUUGGCUUAAGUAUCAAGCGACUAGAUCCACGGCUGUUGCAGCUGCAAAGGCACGCACUUCCGCACUUGUUCGAAAUGGAGAUAUAGCCACGACGAGAGAAAACAUUCAACUAGAGAAUGGUCCUGAUAAAUCACUACCAAUGCAACUACAUGAGAACAUCCAUCAGAUACGAAAAGUUACCGAUCAGCUUAAGGCUCUAAAUUUCCAGUUAGACGAAUCAGUUGAUCAGCUCAAUGAUACAGAGAAAGCUUGCGGAGAAGCUUCUGUUGUUGUUAAUGAUCAGUUCAUUGAUAUAGAGACAUCUCGCAAUGAAGCUUCUGUUGUUGUUAAUGAUCAGCCAAAAAGGGUACUUUGGACAGCCAAAGAAGAAGACAUGUUGAGGGUGGGAGUGGAGAUCUUUUCAACUAAAAUCAAGAAAAAUAUGCCAUGGAAGAAGAUUCUGGAGAUGGGAAAAGGUGUAUUCCACAAGACUCGUAAUCCAUCCGAUCUUAAGGACAAAUGGAGAAACAUGCUACAUAUGUGAUUCAUAAGUCUUUUGACGAUAGAAUCUUAAGAAGUAUUAAAUGAGGCAUUUGAUAGCAAACUUUAAGACAAAAUGCUAGUAACCUUUUUGAAGCGGUAACAUAGGAGUAUGAAGAAACUAGGAGACUUUGAUGAUGGUCUCUGUCUUUGUAAUCGCAGUUUCGGAUUCCUGCGUGUAGGUAGAUCUUUUGACUUUUGGUAACAAUAGUCAUGCCUUUAGCAGUCUAGUAAACUUGUAUUGAGAUAAAGAAGACAAUGUAGUUUCGUAUCCCUUAUGUUUGAUAUUUAAAAGAA